ACAGCAGGGUGUUUUUUUCCUUCUUGCCUGAGGUUAAAGGAAGCUUUACUGUUGCUGCACUCAUUCAUUUCCCCUUUGAGGACAGUGGAGAAACACCUCCUCUGCUCGUGAGCCAGACUCUGAUCCCUCUGCUGCGUUUACUGACACCGUCUGUGGUUUCCAGUUUCACCAUGUCUGCCAACACCUCCCUAAUUGUCCUCAAAUCAUCCAAAAAUGACGAGGUGACGUCUGUGGACAUCGACGCCAUCAUGGACAACGUCAGCAUCGUCCUCUACACCAUCACCGUCAUAUUUGGGAUCCCAGGGAAUGCCAUAGUGAUCUGGAUGGCCGGCUUCAAACUGAAGCCAAAGGUCACCUAUGUAUGGCUGGUGAACCUCGCCAUCGCAGACCUCAUCUUCUGCUUCACACGAGUCUUCUCCCUCAUAAAGAAGAUCUUUUUUGACCACUGGCCGUUCGGCAUUUUCCUCUGCAAGUUCAACGGCUUCUUCAAAUACGGCAACAUGUUCUGCUCCGUGUUCCUGUUGGCGGUCAUCAGUCUGGACCGGGCGCUGUGCGUAUGGAACCCAGUUUUCACCAAGCGAAGACGCACCCUGUGUGUCGCCAGAGUGGUGGCGGUCUGCGUCUGGAUUUUGGCCGUCGUUUUCAGCACGCCUUACUUCAUUUACCGGGAAGUUUACCCUGGAAAGAACAACCUGAGUAAAUGUUCUCUGGAGGUGAAGGAGUCAAAGGAGGGGGACAACAGCACCAAACUGGCCCUCUACUCCAUCCGCUUCCUGUGUGGCUUCCUGUUGCCCUUCAUGGUUAUCCUCGUCUGUUACAUUAUGGCGGGCAUUGGGAUCAGACGUACCCGCCUGUCAGGGAAGUCCCGCCCCCUGCGUAUUUUGGCAUCAUUAGUCAUCGCUUUCUUCCUGUGCUGGGCUCCGUACCACUGCCUCCUGCUGGUGAAAAUGGUGGACAGUAAAAACUCAGUGGUAAAGAUCUGGCAGCCUGUGGCGAGGGGCGUGGCCUAUUUUAACAGCUGCGUGAACCCACUGCUGUACUUCUGUAUGGGUCUGGAUGUGAAGGGGAGGGUCAGGCAGAGUCUGGCCACCGUCUACAGGAGAGCUCUGGUCGACGGCAUGGACGGACAGACGACUCAGUCCAACGAACGCACGGUGGACGACAGCGACGGCUCCAAACACAGCGUCCUGACAGGGGGGCGGAGUCAGUAUUCAGUGGACGUCGCCAAAGUCUGACUCCGGAGCUUGAAUGGACCAAUGACGUGGUUUUUGUGUUUGACGCCAUGAACUGUGACAUAUGACAAACUGUUAGUGGAAAUGAGUAACUGGUUUACGUUAUAUUUACUUCUCUCAAAAGUAACUGAAUUACAUUAAUAGUUAUUUAGUUUUUAGAAAAAGUGCAUUUUGGGUUACUUUUUACAGCUGUUGUUUUCCUUUGAGGUUGCUGUGACAUUGUGGAACAAGACCACCAUUCUAUUUCACUAGGAUGAAAAAUAAUACAUGGUACAACAAGGUGGAAAUAUCCUUUUGCACUUCAAUCGGAAUGUUCUUCGGCCUCAAAACUCAAUAGAGAGGAUGGUCAAGGUCAUGUUUAUUUAUAUGGCACAUUUAAAACAACACAAAGUGCCCAAAGUGCUCUGAAUGUCCAAAUGGGUCAUAUCUGAUGACCAUGAAAAGACAAAAAACUACAAAUUACGCCAAUUAUUUACAUGUAUU